AUGAAUCGUAUGAGAAAAAUUGUUAGUAAAAAAAAAAGAAGGUAUCAACAAGAUGGUUUUGAUCUUGAUUUAUCAUAUAUUCGACCUAAUGUUAUUGCAAUGGGAUAUCCAGCUGAUAGUUAUGAAGGAGUUUAUAGAAAUAAUAUUGGCGAUGUUAGUCGAUUUUUAUCAUCUAAACAUGGAGAUAAAUUUUAUAUAUAUAAUUUAUGUGUUGAAAGUGAACGUCAUUAUGAUGGAUCACGUUUUAAUAAUAAUGUUUGUACAGACUUUAGUUUUGAAGAUCAUAAUCCACCUACAAUCAAAAUGGUUUUGGCUUUUUGUCAACAUGCUGAAACACAAUUAAGUUUAAUCACUGAUAGAACACUUGUGAUACAUUGUAAAGCAGGAAAAGGUCGAACCGGUGUUAUGUCUUGUUGUUUUCUACUUUAUUAUUAUCGUGAUGAAUAUAAUGAUCCAUUACAAACAUUAAAAUUCUAUGCUCAACAAAGAACGUCGAAUGAAAAAGGUGUUACAAUACCUAGUCAACGUCGAUAUGUCGAAUACUUUGGACAUUUACUUAAUAGUCAAGUUCUAUAUUCACCUAAACAAAUUGUUUUUACCGGUUUAUUAAUAACAUAUAAACAAAAUCAAAUACGAAAUACAAGUCUCUAUUAUACAGUUAGUUCAUCGGAUCAUCGUAUACAAUAUCAAUCAUCUGAAAUUCCACUUGAAUAUGAUACAACUAUAAAUCGAGAUUCAUUAGUAGAUUAUUCAGUAUUAAAUGCAGAACAUAAACAUUUUAUUCCACCAGCAAAUCAACAAUGUCAAAUACUAUUAGAAGAAGAUGUUUUAAUUGAAAUUUUUUUUACAAAAACAAAACGAGGAAAAUCAGAAAAAUUAUGUCAUUUUUGGUUUAAUACAUUUUUUCUUGUUGAUCCUAACAUGCAAAAUAUAUUAAGUGUUUAUACAGAAAAGUAUCCAGAAAGUAAUCUAGGUGUACUUAGUGCAUGUCUUAUACCUGAAUAUGGUCACAAACAUUUAUAUACGAUGAUUAAAAAAGAUAUUGAUGGUUUUCACAAAGAUAAAUUACAUCGAUUAGCACCAUCAUCAUUUACAGUAUCUGUGCUAUUCGAUUAUGUUCCUACACCUUCUUCAACACUUCCACAAUCUGAACAAUCUACGAUAUUAACUGAGACAAAAGCCAAUACAAAUUUAAAAAUAAUCGAAUCAGGCGAUCAAUCAUCACUUAUAAUUGGCCCAUCAGAUAAGCUAAUUGGUAAAGAUGAACUAACACAAAAUAAUCGUUUAAAUCAAACAAAUGAUAAAUUAACAGUACCAAAUGAUAUUCUAAAUUUCCAUGGAUCUAAACGUCGUAGUCCUCGACCAGUAUCUUAUAAUGCACGUACAUUUUCUCUUUAUACAAAUGGUGUGUCUGAUUGGGAUAGUACGGAUUCAGAAUCAGGUAUUAAUGAAACAAAUGGUAAUUACGGUGAAGCAGAAACUUGUCAAACUCAUUUUUAA